AUGGCUGAAUUAGAUCCGGAACAUCCCAGACGUUUAAUACCGGAGUUGUGUAAGCAGUUUUAUCAUUUGGGAUGGGUCACUGGAACCGGAGGUGGAAUAUCUAUCAAACGAGGAGAUGAAAUAUUCAUAGCACCAUCAGGUGUGCAGAAAGAAAGAAUGAAACCAGAUGACUUGUUUGUGCAGAAUAUUCACGGUCAAGAUUUGGAAUUACCUUCACCAGAUAAGAAACUAAAGAAAAGUCAAUGCACUCCAUUGUUCAUGCUAGCGUACACACUACGUAAUGCCGGUGCCGUCAUACACACACAUUCACCGCAUGCUGUGAGGUGUACUCUACUAUAUGACAAGGAAUUUGUUAUAACACACCAGGAAAUGAUUAAGGGUAUAAAGGAUGAAAGUUUGAAUCGUUAUCUUCGCUAUGAUGAAAAACUGAUUGUUCCUAUUAUAGAAAAUACACCGUUUGAAAGGGAUUUGGCAGAAGAUUUAAAUAAAGCAUUAAUACAAUAUCCAGGAACAAGUGCAGUACUUGUAAGACGGCAUGGAGUUUAUGUAUGGGGAGAAACAUGGCAGCAGGCUAAAACUAUGACGGAAUGUUACGACUAUUUGUUUGAAAUGGCUGUAGAGAUGAAGAAAUUGGGGCUCGAUCCUGGUCUUAACCCGGAGACUGAAAAGACAGGAUAG